CCCCGCCCACGGGCCGUCUGGCGCACGCGCGGGCAGCAACGGCGAGUUGGCUGGUCGUGCGGGCGGCAGCGCCAUGGGGCUGAGACGGGUGCGGGCGGUCUUCUUUGACUUGGACAACACGCUCAUCGACACGGCCGGUGCGAGUCGGAAGGGCAUGUUGGAGGUGAUAAAACUCUUACAAUCAAAAUACCAUUAUAAAGAAGAGGCUGAAAUCAUCUGUGACAAAGUUCAAGUUAAACUCAGCAAGGAAUGUUUUCAUCCUUCGAACACAUGUAUUACUGACCUAAGGACUUCACACUGGGAAGAAGCAAUCCAGGAAACAAAAGGUGGUGUAGCCAAUAGGAAAUUGGCUGAAGAAUGUUAUUUCUUGUGGAAAUCUACACGUUUACAGCAUAUGACGCUAGCGGAAGACAUCAAAGCCAUGCUUACUGAACUUCGGAAGGAGGUCCGCCUACUUUUAUUAACAAACGGAGAAAGACAGACCCAGAGGGAGAAGAUUGAGGCUUGUGCCUGUCAGUCCUAUUUUGAUGCUAUCGUUGUAGGUGGUGAGCAGAAAGAAGAGAAACCGGCACCUUCUAUAUUUUAUUACUCCUGUGAUCUCCUGGGAGUACAGCCCGGGGACUGUGUGAUGGUUGGUGACACACUAGAAACCGAUAUACAAGGAGGCCUCAAUGCAGGACUGAAAGCAACAGUCUGGAUAAAUAAAAAUGGAAUGGUGCCGUUGAAGUCAUCCCCCGUGCCACACUAUAUAGUUUCCUCUGUCCUAGAGUUACCUGCUCUCCUACAGAGUAUAGACUGCAAAGUCGGCGUGUCAGCUUAAAGCACAGAAAAGGGGCAUGCUGUCAAAUUUUAGGGUCAAAUUACAGGGUGUGAACUAAGAAAAGUUAAGGCAUUCUGUAUACUGUGACCCAGUACUAGGAAUAAUUAUACUUGUCAUUUAAUGACCAACCGACCAUUGACUGGUAUUUAUAUCUAAAAACCCAGAAUACAUUAAUGCAAGUUCCUUUUAGUAUUGUGAUCCAGAAAACUUGGGGAAGUGUAUUUGUUAAUCUAUGGCUAGAGGUUUUUUUAAAAAAUAUAUUUUAUUAAUCUUUUGGCAUCUUGGAUCCAUGAAGAUACCAAGGGGCUAUCUUAUACAUGGAUGUUUUGGCUUAAACAUAUAUAUUUUUUGGAGUUCUCUUAAGGCUCAGUGGGUUAAGGAUCCUGUAUUGUCACUUCAGUGUUGCAGGUUUGAUCUCUAGCCUGGGAACUCUGCAUACCACAGGUGCAGCCAAAGAAGAAAAAAAUAGCUAUUUUUAAAAAAUAGAUAUCCUAAAAUAUAUAUAAUAUAGAUUUAUUAGAGCAGUUGGAUCUGGUUAAUAUGAAGUAAAUACCAAGUCACAUGCAAAUCAAGGCAUUUCAUAGUGAAAUAAUUUUCACGGCAUUCCCUUCAUGGCUCAGCGGUUAACAAACCCAACUAGGAUCCAUGAGGUUUCAAGUUCAAUCCCUGGUCUCGCUCAGUGGGUUAAGGAUCUCACCAUGAGUGUGGUGUAGGUCGCAGACUCAGCUCAGAUUCCCCGCUGCUGUGGCUGUGGUGUGGGCCAGCAGCUGUGGCUCCAAUUGGACCCCUAGCCUAGGAACUUCCAUAUGCCACAGGUGUGGCCCUAAAAAGCAAAAAAAAAAAAA